CCAACAGAGUGCAGCAGGCAGCAGAAGCUCUCGUCCCGUGCUUUGCUGCCGUACCUUUGACAGAGUUAGAGGUUAGGGGUUAGGGGCUUUUUGGCUGUUUUGUCUGUUGGGGGGCUGUUGGUAUAUACAAAAGACCGCGGUCGAAGCAGUCCGGGGCUGGCAUAAUAAUGAGCAGUCAAUUUUAUCGUCGGAUAUGCGGUGAUUUGAUAAAAAUGAGAGAUCAACAAGUGCGAUUGGCGCAUACACUACGUGGUAAAGCUCCGGGUAUAGCGCGUACUCUGGAGGACCGUUUUGCAGUAGAAAUCAAUUGGAAAGAUCCCGAAUUACAUUUUCGCGUUGACAUUGGAUUCAAACACGUAUUGCCUUCGAGGAACAAAAUUAUGUCACAAUGGAUCGACCAAAUGAAGACUCUUCGCCAUGAUCCAGACUUGGAAAAAAAGGCACGUGGACGGGAACUGUACAUCGAUUUGGAAAAAUCAAAGGAAGAAUGGUGGCAAUUGUCCGGUCCGAGUCAAAUUCUUAUGAUCGCCGAUCAUUACGAGAUCUUUCAACACCUUUUUGGGGAUGCUUAUUUCAUGCCGGUAGUACCUCUUAAUAUAAACUAUAGCCAGAGUCAAGAUUCGUAUAUCCCUGUACACAGAGGAAAUCUUAUGAAAGCUAGAGACGUAGCGAUCGAGCCUAGCGUAACUUACGACGUAGAUAAAAAUACUUUGUGGACUUUGCUGCUGACAACUCCGGAUGGGAAUUUUGUUGAUUCCAGUAAAGAGAUAUGUCACUGGUUCGUAGGUAAUAUUCCUGGGAGUGAAAUAUCAAAAGGCGAUCUGUUGAUGGAAUACGCAAGACCAAUUCCGGCCAAAGGGAUCGGUUAUUGUAGAUACAUUUUUAUUCUAUACAAGCAAGAAAAUAACAUCGAUUACUCGGAGUACAAAAGAGAGCAACAAUCUCGAUUUCAAUUGUUGGAGCGCAAUUGGAGCACCGUGGAUUUUUAUAGAAAAUAUGAGGAUGUCAUAACACCGGCGAGUCUCGCUUUUUUCCAAGCGGAUUGGGACUCGUCGUUGACCGACUAUUAUCGCAAUGUUUUGGAAACUCGAGAGCCGAAUUACGAGUACGAAUUUCCAGAACCUCACUUAAGGAAAGAAGAAUGGUUUCCCAAGGGCAAACCCUUCAAUCUCUAUCUCGACAAGUAUCGCGAUCCCAAAGAAAUUAACAAGGAAUUUUUGUUGAAAAAAAUGAAGAAAAUUCAUCCUUUCAGGGCUCCGAUCGCACCCCUUAGAUUCCCGAAUGCCGUUGCCCAUCCCAAAGAUAUGCCUUCGUGGCUCUCCCUAGAGACGAAAAAAGAACGUCUCGGUUGGGGCAGGAUUAACGAAAUUGCGUAGAUUCGAAUGACAGCGGGUACCCUUUUUUUUUUUACGAUCGGCAUUAUCCAGUCGGCAAGACGAACGAUGACAAGAAUAAUGGUGGAUCAAUUGUAAAAUUGUUGAUCAGAAUAAACGUAAUCCAUAUCGUUGUUGA